AUGGACGACGUCGGGCAGCAGGAGGAGGCGCACAGCAAGAGGCAAGGGGCUGACCAACAGGGUGGGGCGAACGAGCACCAGCUCAUACUCGCCCUUCGGCUCACGGAGGAAGUGCUCGCCUUCGUGGAGUCAGCCCACAGCCCCCACCUCGACUGGCCGGUCAUCGCCCACCACCUGGCGCCCUACCGCCGCCCCGCCCUCACCCCUCGAGCGCUGUGGCGCAAGCUGGCCUACCGCAAUAGCAACAACGGCAGCAGCAGCAGCAGCAGCCACACAACCGAGAGCGACCGAGGGGAACCGCAGUUGCAACUACAACAACAACAACAACACAACGCGACAGGUGGCCCCAGCGAAGGCGACGGCGAUGACAUGCAGGUGGAGGAGGUGCGCCGGGACGAGGACACGCCGCACACGGGCGCCGGUGGACGGGGCAAGAAGCGGCGGAGCAAAGACGCGCAUCCGGGGCCCCGACGACGGCGCGACGCGGACCCCGGCGCCGGGGAGACCCCCGCGCCAGCAGAAGCCGCCGCCACCGCAGGGGACGUGGCGACACCCGCCGCCGAGAAGCGACCUCGACUGGGCGGGGACCAUCAGCCGAGCGUGGGCGAUGAGGCCGAGGAGAGCAGCGCUGCUGCGCCGGCGGCCAGGGCCGGCCGGAGCAACCCGCUGGGCACGCCCCAGCAGCAGGAGCCCCCCGCGGAGGCCGCCGGCGACGCCCAAGGACACAAGGGGCCCCGCAAGCGCGUGCUAUGGACCAACGAGGAGGACUUCCUCCUCGUACGCGGAGUGCAGCGCAACGGCGAGGGCAACUGGGCCGCCAUCCUCAGGGACCAGGCCGAGGGGUCGCUGCUGCUGCGCCGCAACAGCACGCAACUGGCGCAGCGGUGGAACGCCAUCAAGCGCAAGAUCCAGCGGGCUCACUACGCCGGGCUCGACGAGGCCACCAAGGCCCUCGCCAUGGAGCUCAUCCUCUCCUCCUCAUCCUCUUCUGCGGCCGCGGGGCCGCGUGUCCCUUCGCCUCCCAGUGAAGCGGCAGCACCGGCAGGAGAUGGAGAAGACGUCGACACAGCAGCGCCGACCACGACCACGACGCCAUCGGCGGCGGAGGAGCCACAGCAGCGGCCGCCGCCUCCCGGAGAGCAGCCCUUCCACCAGGCCCUCCCAGGACCCUCCCGCGUGUUCGACUAG